AGACCCUUCGCCCAUCCUUCUUCCACCACAUCCCACCACAUCCCAUCACCAAACUUCUUCCUCCACCUCACCCACCUCCCCCCUCUCCACCCACAACACCACAGCAAGAAUGCACCCCACAACCAAAGCCCUCACCUCCACAACCGCGAUCGCGCGGGCGGCCGCGUCGACAACGAUGCGAAUGAGCUACAGCGCGCGGACGUCGCGGCUGACGGCGGCCGGUCUCGCCGCGUGCCGCAAUCCGCCGCCGCCCCCGCACGCGCCCCGCACCUCGCUCCCGCCGUUUCGCGCCCCGCCGCUUACGCCUGUUUUCGAGAUUCGGGGGAGGGGGUUUGCUACGUCGGCUCAGAGUGCGGCGGGGAAUGGGAAGAAUGGGAAUGGGGGAAGCAAUGGGGGAAAGAAGAGUGGAGGAAGCAGCACCAGUAGUCCUGAGUAUAAGGCUGCAGAGCGGAAGGUUAGGAUCGUUAUCAUCGCGCUGCCGGUCGUGUUUGUCACCUCGUGGGUGCUCUACCAGCGAUGUUUGUCUCCUCCAUCUUUUUCUUCUGUUUUUUAUUCUUUCGUUUCGUUUUUUUCUUGCCUUUACUUGCUGGCCAUGGGUCUGAUAGAUGCUGGCGGGAUAGUGGUGCUCGGCGAGGAAAGGAAGGUGCUGCCGCGGGGUCCGGUGGUUUAGGAUACUACUUACUUGGGUUUUAAUACGGGGUGGGUGGGUGGAUGGAUGGAUGGAUGGAUGGAUGGCGGGGUGUGGCGAUGGGAGAUGGCAGAUGGCACCGGCAGAUGGAGGUUGUGCAUUCGUACGGGCUGCAUAUAGAUCGGGAUGG